AUGAAAUUUUCAACUCUUUUCAUAGUUGCAACAUCUGCAGCUUCAUUCUCUGCUGCGACCCCUAUUGAUUGGUAUUCCUGGACCAUUGAUAAGGCUGGUCAAGCCUUUUUUGGAAAUUUUAGAGAAAAAGAAGAAUUCAAUGUUCCAGUAAAUUCUGAAGGACCUUAUCAGGUUUUAAAACCUCUUGUUUCAUCGGAAGCACUUCAGGCUCUUAUUUUGGAGCCCGCCUUAAAAAUCGCCGCAAACAAACUAUACUAUGCCGCAACUCUUUCUCAAGGAAUGUAUGGCCACCCUACUCGCAUUAUUGGUUCGCCUGGACAUUUUGCUACUCUCAGAGAAGUUGAAGGGAAACUCCGUUCUACCGGUUCGUAUUUUAACAUCACAAAACAAUAUUUUGAUGCCGUCCGGGGUGUUGUGUUUCAUUCAGGCCUUUCUGUCGAUGGAAUCAAAAUUUCUGAAGCAUUACCUUUUGAUCUCACACCCCCAACACCUAAAAAAUCUUGGGUUUCGGCUCCCUUGGUCCUAGUUAAAAAUCAAGGAUGUGAAAUUUCUGAUUUUCCUUCGGCAGCAAAUGGCUCUAUUGUGUUGAUUGAACGCGGUGUUUGUGCUUUUGGUGAUAAGUCACAGUUAGCUGGUCUUUCAGGUGCUGUUGCAGCAGUUAUUUUUAAUAAUAUUCCUGGUGAUGGUGUAUUUAGUGGCACAUUAGGGACUCCUUUGCCUGAUCAGGUUGCUACAAUUGGUGUUUCUUAUGAGGUUGGAACUGCUUGGGCUCAUAAACUUGCUCUUAAUAUUUCUUUGAAUGCCUCAGCAUAUGUGGAUUCUUUUGUUAAGAAUGUUACAACAUAUAAUAUUAUUGCUGAAACAAGAGACGGAGAUCCAAAUAAUGUUGUUAUGCUUAGUGCUCAUAGCGACUCGGUGCAAUAUCCUGGUAUUAAUGAUGAUGGAAGUGGAACUAUUUCGUUAGUUGAAGUAGCUCUUGGACUCUCGAAGUUUUCAGUUAAUAAUACAGUUAGAUUUGCAUGGUUUUCCGGAGAAGAAGAAGGGUUGUUAGGCUCAGAUUAUUACGUUGCCCAACUUUCUCCCGAGGAAAACAUUAAAAUUCGAGUUGCCAUGGAUUAUGAUAUGAUGGCAUCCCCCAAUUUUGCGUACCAGGUUUAUGAUGCCAAUAAUAAGGUCAAUCCUAAUGGCUCUGGAAACUUGAAACAACUUUAUAUUGACUACUACAAUUCUCAAAAUCUCAAUCAUACUUUAAUUCCUUUUGACGGUCGUUCAGAUUAUGACGCGUUUAUUAAAAAUGGAAUUCCCGCUGGUGGUAUUGCAACUGGAGCUGAAGGAAUCAAAACACCGGAAGAAGCUGAAAUGUUUGGUGGAGUAGCUGGUCAACCUUAUGAUUCAUGUUAUCAUCAAUUAUGUGAUGAUACUACCAAUUUAAACUAUGAAGCCUGGAUGGUAAACACAAAAUUAAUUGCUCACUCUGUUGCAUCUUUUGCUAGAUCAUUUGAAAGAUUUCCAGUUAGAGAGCCUCUUGCUGUCAGCAACGAAAAUCAAAAAUACUCUUAUAAAUACCAUGGAUCAAAACUUGUAUUGUGA